UUACAGCCAUCUAAAUAUUCUCACGGAAUUGGUGCACUGCUUUUUCAAAAGGCUUCGCUCGCACUAUAAGGGAACAAACCACCCAGCACUCUCUCCAUGUCAAAUUCUCAAACUUUACUCUUCUAAUCUUCAAUGGGUAGUCGUAAACAGCUCGAAGUUCAUACAGGCGAUCAAACUCCACACAAAUGGUGUAUCUUAGGAGAAGAGGUCUUCAAGAGAUUCAUCUUCCAAGGCAGCCCGACAGUGCACAAGGUUUUCAAUGAAGGGUCACUUUUCAGUCCACUCUUGUUCGGGAAGUUCUUUGAUCCUUCAGAUGCUUUCCCUCUCUGGGAGUUUGAGUCAGAUAACUUGUUAUCUAAUCUCCGGAGUUCUGGCCGAAGCACUGUCGAUUGGUUUCAGACAGAUCAUGAAUAUGUACUAAAAGCAGAACUUCCAGGAGUUGGGAAUAAUGUUCAAGUGUUCGUUGAUAAAGGGAAGGUUGUUGAAAUUAGUGGGCAGUGGAGGCAGCAAGGAGAUCAGUCCAAGGCAAAGAACUGGAGAAGUGAGAAUUGGUGGGAAUAUGGGUAUGUUCGGAGGCUUGAGCUGCCAGAAGAUGCGGAUUGGAGGAAAAUAGAGGCAUACGUGAAUAAUGACAUACUCCUGGAAAUUAGAAUUCCCAUGAACCUUUUGGAUGGUGAUCCUCAAGGAAAUGUAGCUGCCAAUGAUUCUGAAGUUGGUGUGUAAAUUAAAGCAAACUGCUUUAACAACUUUUCAUGCAAUCUAGAUAACAUGAUCUAA